AUGGCGAUUGAUGACAUAAACUAUGACACCACAGACCUGUCUGACCUUUUCCCCGACCACCUAUACUCAAACCUGGAUUACAUAGACCCGAAACCCGAUCCUUUACCUGCUGGUUUCACUUACAGCGCAGAGAGUCAACUUUGUGUGCCACAAGACACAUUAGAAGAUUUAGAAUGGUUUCCAAGUUUCACCGACGACUUCAUCAACUUGAGCGGUAUAUCCUUGGAGAACGAAACCCUUUCUAUCAAGGGCUCCAGUUACCAAAACGACGUCGUUCAAGAACCCCUAAAACUGGAAAACUCCAAAGUAUCCGGUGACCAAAACGAAGCCAGUCGAGGACCCGGAAAUUUUGAGUAUUCCAAGAGUUUCAGUGACCAAAACGAUGCCAGUCAAGAACCCGCAAAACUGGAAAACUCCAUAGACCGACCCGUUACACCCGAACUGAAAACGGAGGAUACCUUCGGCCGAGCGAACAAGAGAAGACGUGAAGCAGAGAUUGAAGAAAGUGAGAAAUUGGCUUUUGGGUUUUGUAGUUCCGGUCAGAAGAAACAGAGGAGCAAGCGUGAUUCGUGCGGUAAGCAUGAGAGGUUGUUGGGUUGGGCGGUAGAGAAGGCAAUGACAAGUGGGACCAUGUCGUUUGGGGUGACGAGUGGGGCCACAUCGUUUGGAGUGACGGAGAGGAGGAAAAGAUGCAGCCAUUGCCUGAGUGAUAAAACGCCGCAAUGGAGAAUAGGUCCGAUGGGACCAAAAACACUGUGUAACGCUUGCGGGGUGAGGUACAAGUCGGGGAGGUUGAUACCAGAAUAUCGGCCUGCCGCGAGCCCAACUUUUAAUAUUCUUAAGCAUUCAAAUUUUCAUAAGAAGAUACUCAAGAGGAGAGAAUUCAAUGGAUGUUAA